GCGGAAUAGCCGGGAGAGAGCCGGGGCCGGGACCCGGUGGGGGAGGAGGGUCCCGGUGCCCGAGUCUCUGCUCGGGGACGGUGGUCGCGCUGUGCUCCGGGAUGCUGGUGGCGGUGGCAGUUGCGGUGGCCGUGGUCGUGACUGUGGCCCUGACCCUCCUCGCCCCUGCCCUGCGGCACCGGCUGGUCCUUUCCGCGCUGCACCGCGCCGCGGGCCGGUACCGCCGGCGGCUGGAGCUGCUGGGCAGCGAGGUGGGGCUGAGCCAGGAGCGGCGUCUGCGGCGGCUGCUGCCCCCCGGCACGGCCUGCGGCUCGGAGGCUUUUCGGGAGCGGCAGCCGCUGGGUCAGAGCUGCCCCGAGCGGGGGCUGGGGGAGCAGGUGGCCUCGCUGCGUCCCUGGGCACUGCUCCGCAGCUGCUGGGGUACGGACCCCCCUCUGCAGGGGUCCCUGCUCUACCUGGAUGUCCUCCGUACCACCUUCCCGCAGGCGCUGGCUCCCCAGGGCACGGCCCUUCUCUCCUGGGCACCCAGCGGCCUUCGUGCCCCGGCGGGCUGGCCCCUGCCCACCCUGUACUGCAGCCCAGACGAGGCGGGCACCCUGCCCUUGCGGGCUGCUGCGCUGAGGGUGCAGCUGGUCUUCGCUCUGCGGCAGCGUGCCCUGCGUGUGCUGGAGGCCGGGCUGGCAGCUGAGCUUCACGAUGCCUUGGGCACUCUGCGGUCUGAGUGGCCCGCACUGGCCCAGGACCUGGCACUGGGCAGGCUGAGCCCCCAGCCUGGGCUGCCUGAGGACGUGCGGGACCGGCUGCAGGCGCUGCUUGUCCCCGACGUUGUCCGGGCAGCUGAGGUCCGGGCCGAGUGUGCCCAUGGCUUCGAGGGCAUCGUGCAGCGCCUGUGGCCGCAGCUGGAGGUGGUGGUGGUGGGGAUGGCACAUGGUGCUGAGAAGCUCUACCGUGAUGCCCUCCACCAGGCUGACUGCAAGGGGCUGCCCAUCUGCUGCCCCUUCUACUGGGCAGCAGGAGCCUUGCUCGGUGUGAACCUGUGGCCGGAGGAGCCAGCGCCCCGAUUCCUGCUGUGCCCUGACUGGGCGUUCUGUGAGUUCCUGCCCUGCCCAGCCAAGGAGGAUUCGCAGACGGUGCUGCUGGGCGAGCUCUGGGAAGGGCGCGAGUACAGGCUGGUCCUGACGGCGCGGCCCGGGGAGUACAGAUGCCAGGCUGGAGAGGUGCUAAGGGUGACUGGCUUCCACAGGCAGUGUCCCGUGGUGGAGCCUGUGCGCAGGGACGGCCAGGGGCUGAGCGUGCGGGGUGAGAACAUCCCUGAGGAGCGGUUCUGCCAGAGCCUGUGCCGCGCCGUGGGCAUGUGGCCAGGUGCUCGCCUGGUCGACUAUGUCUGUGUGGAGAGUGCAUUGCUGGGUGCAUCUUCAGGGGCCUCUGCCCCCCACUAUGAGGUGUUUGUGGAGCUGCGAGGCCUGCGGGACCUGUCAGAGGGGCAGCGCUACAAGCUGGACCAGUGUCUCCAGGAGGAUUUUCCCAUUUACAAGUCCUUCCGCUUCAAGGGCAGCAUUGGGCCCCUGCGUCUGCACCUGGUGGGGGCCGGAGCCUUCACCCGGCUGCGGGAGGCACUGGGGGCUCCCCAUCCCAUGCCCAGGGUCCUGCGGGAGGAGCGGCUGCUGCACCUUAUCCAGAGCAAUGUCAUCUCCUAGGGUAGCCCAGGGGUCCCUCCCACCUUGGGCUUUGCUUGGCAUGGGAGUGAGGCCAAGUCCCUGGUGGGGAACACAAGGGCAAGGGUGCCCAGUCCUAGAGUGUUUGGCUGAGCUGAGCAGAUAGAACUGGUGAGCCCAACCAUGUCCCUGCUCCAUGGUGGCAGUGGGUGCUGAAUGGGUCCUCAAGAAUGAGGCAGGACCUUUAGCACAUCCUAGCCCUGAGGCUUGUCCCAGGCACUCAAGAGUACCUCUGGCCCUUCACCACUGUCUUGGUGAGUGUCCUGGGGCAGCUGGGUCCUAUCAUCAGUGCCCAUGUCUCACCCCACGUUGCCCAGUGCCUUGUCAGCCUGCGGGCAACCACAGCAAAACAAGUGCACAUGCCACGCCUCGGCCACCACAGCCUGUGGCUGGUGUGGAGAGGACAGCAGGGACCUCCCUGGAGCAGGAGCAGGAGCAGCAGAGCAUCGAGCCCACGCAGGAGCUCAGCCCUAUACUGCACUCUGGGGCCCUGUGGCAUUUUGUCCUCUGGCAGGGAUGCCACAGACAGGCUGGUGGCAGGUGAUGGCUGCCAUGAAGCAGACCCUCUGCCAGGCUCCAGCAAGGGCUGCUUUAGAUGUUUAAAAGCCCAGAAAAUAGCUAAAGGAGGCUUCUCUCUGAGGCCAAGGGCAGGAGCUGGGGGAGGAGCGGUUUUAAUACCAUUAUUUUUAAUCCUCAUUAAAACCAUUUCUAGAUGACA